CUCGCCCUUCCCUGCUCCUGGGCCUUCCCCCGGCUCCCCCGGCGCCGUCCUCCCGCCGCAGCAUCGUCAGGCUGACCGAGGCGCGGGGCUCGCGGGGCUCCCGGGGCCCGAUCGCCCUCCGGACGGCGUGGGACGAAGUUCGGCCCGGCAGGAAGGACCUCGGCCCCGGACCCGGUGCUCCAGCUCCUGUCCAGACCCCGGUGGGCGCCCCACGGGCUGGAAGGCGAUUCUCCUUCCCGAGCCUCCACCGUUGGGUCGGGUAGAAAAACCUCAGAGUCGUCCCUGGGGAUGAUUUAUGCGAGGUGGUCGUGGGGAGACUUCUGUGUUGGACCUUAGAUGAACAUUGAGGAAUGGACGCCAUUUCCUAGACUCGUUUGUGGUGGAAACCACAGAAACAGGAUUCUCUUUAAAUUGCAUUCGCCUAUGUUGUUCUUAAAGCAUCUUGUGAUUUAUUUAAUUGUUCACUGAUACUUUAACAAGCAUGGAGAUAAGAUUAGAAGUUUUGACAUCAACAAGUAUCAAGCAGAAAAAACCCUGGCCACGAGUCUCCUGGUUGGGACAGGAAAAUGAAGCCGUUUUCCUUUUGGAUGGUAAAUUCAUAAAUGAAAUUAAUUUGCUAUCAGGAAGGACAAAGAAGAAAAUUCCUAGUCUGCAGCCUUUGUUGAAGGAUGUUAUUGUCCUAACAACAUCCAGUAAUGAUGCCUGGCUGGCUGGGGUACUCACUACGGGGGAGCUUUUCCUUUGGAACAAAGAUCAAGAUUGUUUGAAAACUAUACAAGCACCUGAAAAGCCUAAGGAAAUGAUACAAACUGCAGUAGCAAGUGGUUUGAGAUUGUAUUUGUAUGUAUCUGGAAAUGGGAAAAGAGUUCUGCUUAUAACUCUUUCUGGAUACAUAUUUCUUUGGGAAUAUUUGGAGUUCAAGAAUAUCUUAACUUCUAAACACCCUUCGUUGAUGGGCCAGUGGUCCCAGAUCAUACCUAAAGAAUCAGCUCAUUUGCCUUCCGUUGAAGAUAAAGAAGCUGUAGUACAUGCUGUUUUUAUAAAAAAUGAGUUAUUUGGAGACUGCUGCCUGUGUUCAUUUACUUUUUAUUCUGAGGAAUGCCUAAAGUUAACAUUUCUAGCAAUUCGGUGGCAUGAGAAUGUAUUUACACCUAUAAGUUCAUUGCCAUACUGCGUUCAUUGGGCACAACAAGAUUGCCUUCUGAGUAGUCUAAUUCCUAAAUGUGAGUCGGUGAAGUCAAAAGGAGCUCUGAUUUCUGCCUUUUCAAGAGAUGGCCUUACUCUGGCAGUAACUCUUAAUCAGAAAGACCCAAAGGCAACUCAGGUAUUAUUUAUAAACACACUAAAUUUUGUUACUCUCUGUGGUAGCCUUAAAGGAUGUAGCAAUAAGAAUCCUGUGGUUCCAGCUACACUCAUCAGGUCCUACUGGGUAGGUGAUAUCAGCUGGACACAUGAUAGUCUUUUUCUGGCUUGUGUGUUAAAACGUGGCUCUCUGGUUUUAUUGACUUGCCAGGGUGAAUUGCUAACAUUAAUUACAUUUGGUUGCUCUGUAGAAUUUGGGCCAGCAGAAUUUAUUCCUCUUCACCCACUAAUAACAUAUAGACCACAGCAGUUUACAUUUCAAGAUUUAAAUACUGUAGAUUCAUCAGCUUCUGAUAGUGACCCUAUGAGACAGAGAUUUUCUGUGAAAGCACACUCACGGUUACCCUACCUCAUUAUUUCUGAUGGAUACAUGGUCACAACCCUUCGAUUUCAUGAUAACCUGUCUCCAUCAGUGCUCAUGAGAUCCCUUCUACUUGAUUCAGCCCAGAGGCUUGAGAAAACAUACCAAAGUGUGCUGUUGUCUAAGCCGAAAGGCAAAGGUCUGAACUUGCGAUCACUGGAUUCCCUAAGGUCGAGCCUGUUAAAACACCAAGAAAAUGAAAGUUCAGCUGAUUCUUCUGUCCCAAGAUUCUUGCAAGUAGAGGAAACAAUGAAAUUAAAUGAAAAAACAGAUUUGCAGGAUUUUGAAGCAGAAGAAACUAACGAAGCCAUACACUUUCCAAACAACUUACUCUCUUUUUGGAACCAAAAAAGUGGUCCGUUGUUUAGUAGUGCCAAGGAGGGAAAGUUGGAAUUUGCGUCUAUGUUUGAUACGAUACAUGCAAAGGAUAAUGCUGAGGAGACAGACAGAACCAUUACUGAACUACAUUCUGUCCAGAAAAAUCUCCUUGCAGCAUGGACUAUAGGAAUUUCAAAAAGUGUGACAGAAAAAAAAUCAAUGUUAAAUUACACAGUAGUUUGUAUCACUCAUUUUUUCUAUAUUCUUCAAUUUAUAAAAUGUCCUUUCCCCAAACUUGAUCUUUUUUUAAGCAAGAGCCCAAGACAUAAUGCAUGGGUACUUUGUAUCUUUCAACUAUUUCAUCAAUGUUUAUCAAUUCAGUAUUGGGAUAUGAGAUACAAACAAGAUGUGGGACAUUUGGUCAAGCUGACCUCAAAUACUGUAACACUUUUGCUGACUCAGCAACAGCGGGGUCAUUUAUUCUCAGAGAGGCUUUUAGCCUGUUUUCAUUUACUCAGAAUGGUAGCUGAUAAUUUAAAUGGCGUAUACAAUCUCCACCCUGAAGUUAUUUCAGCAUCAACUGAUGGAAGUCGAACAACAAAUCAAGACUCAUUGAUGGUACCCAUUUUUCAAAUAUUUCAAGAUAGUGGUUCACAGGCAAAUUGGUCUUGGAAUUCAUCUUUCAAGAUUCGUCCUCAAGUAGUAAAUCUUGUUCAACAGCCAGGACACAGAUUGAUUGUUCUCUGGAGAGUACUGUAUGAAAAAACUUUAUGGUAUCAAACGCAAUUAAGUCAAAGAGUUCCUGAAGGUGACCAACAGUUAACUGAAAAGAUGACACAUGAAGCAUCUACUGUCAAGUCCCUGCUGUGUCAUAUACAGGCUAACUUACAGACUGCCGGAGUUUGCUUGAACAAAACCUUAGAGCUUAAAUCUAUCAAUGGUGAAGAGUGUUUCCUAUUAGGAUCAUAUGAAAAAUCUGUUCAACUGUGGAAGAAAGCUCUACAAGAAACUCAAGAGAAUGGAGGAAGAAGGACAUGUUUUCUUCAGAUACGCUAUUAUCUUUCUCUUUUAUACUGCCACCUCUAUAGUUACAAUUUGAAUGAUGCUCAAGGAUUGUGUGAUCAGCUAGUAAGAGAAGUAUUGAGGUGGUCCCACCUACCUGUAAAAGAAAACGAAGAUAGUUCAGCUCCUGAGCAGCCUCAUGGUGAGUUUGGAAUGACUGCAGAUAUUCAUCCUGAGGCCGCAGUGAGGGUUAUCCAGUCCAUGGCUCGAUUCAUGGCUGCCUACUUCACCAAUGAACUGCUUUGCAUUUUGCCACCUCACAAUGUGAAUGUACUUCCUCCCCUUCACAUUAAAACAGAACAGAGCCUUCGAUUUAUUCCUCUGCAACACUCUAAGGUGGCCAGUGUUGUUAGAGAUCAGCAUCUUUCUGAUGUGUGGACAGUUGAAUAUGCCCUUGAAUUAUUAUUUAUUGGUGGCCUGGUUCCAGAAGCCGUGUGGUUAACACAUAAACUAGGAGACUGGAAGACAUCUGUUUCAAUUGGUCUGGCCUUUCAGCUGUUCUGUAAACUAGACAGCAGUUUCACAAGGUCCAAGAAAAAGGGUCAGAAUCUACCAUUAAAUAUGACUCCAACACAGAUUUUCCAGGAAAAACUUCAGUGUUUUUUAGGUCAGCCAGCCUCUUUGGAAUCAAAAAAUGAAAUGGGUGCAAAAUACAAACAAUUUACAGAUCCUAUUGAAGAGGAAGAUGCAAAUCUGCUAUUCAGUUCAGUGCAAGAAGUACUGAAAGCAGCAGUUAUGGCCGAUGCAGAUAUUCUAUCGGAGACAUUUCAGCUUCUGAUAAAUUCUGCCAAAGACUUCAGUAAGAGGCUAUGGGGCUUAGUGCCGGUCGGCUUGUAUCUUCCAGCUCCUCCGUUAUAUUGUCCUCAGCCAGCUGUUCUUAGUGAAGAAGAUGGCGAUGAUCUUUUUUUAAAAACUGAAAAAGAUAAUCGCCAAAAGGUGUCCGGAAUCCUUCAACGUGUUCUCCUGCUUUUCCGGGCAGCGCAGUGUUCUUUUCCUGUAGCACAGUGGUACAUCUUGCAGUUGAGAUGGGCGAGAAAAGUCAUGCAAAAGAUUCGAAUGAAAGGGUCUCUUCCUUCACUGAGUCCUUUCCCUCAGUCCUUACUUAAUUACUGUAAAGGAGGUGUAGCAUUCUUUCGACCUGGAGCAACUGGAGACCACAAGCUUGAUGAAGUUUCCAUUAAAGCAAUAGGCUGCUUCAGAGAACUUUGUGCUUUGUGUUGGAUGCUGCAUAUCCGUGACAAGUUAUCCUAUAGUUGCAGACAGUAUCAGAAAGCAAGAGAAAAUGUGGAAGGAAAGAAGGACCUUGAAGUGGAGUUUGACUCUUGUAUGGUUGAGCACUGUCUCAGUGCAGUGGAAUGGGCUUGUAGAAUGCUACCCUUCUCUCGAUUUUCUAAUAUUGAAGAACUUAUUCAGGAUCUAAUUUUGAGCCUUAUUGGAGAGCUGCCACCAAUCAGAAAGGUAGCAGAAAUUUUUGUGAAAGCAUUUCCUAAUCCUGAAGACAUAAGGGUUCCUUUAAGAGAAAAAUAUCACUCUCUUCAUCAGAGACUCAGACACUGUGUUGUGAAAGGUCCCCAAACUGAGGAAAUGAUGUCUGUUAUCAUGCAUUCUGUCCAUAAAGUGAGGGUAAAAGCCCUAAAACGUGUGCAGAGAAAUAUAGGUUCUUUUGAAAUGAAUAUAUGGGAGCCAAUUGAAGAAGAAAAACCAGCCGAGGUUCCAGGUUUUGACAGAUUUUCCCUGGGGACUAGUCUGAGCAGGAGCACACUCACAGAACUAGGGAGUUCUGUGGUACAUAGUGAUGCAGAUACAGCAGAUACCUUCUCUGAAGCUUUGUCAGUUGAAGAAAAAAGUAGGAUACAUUUCUAUCAAAGAAACAGUGCAAAUCGCGUGGAAUUGGCAUUGAUUGGUAAGCCCAAUGAUAAAAAGAAAAUAUGUAAUCAGAAAGAAAAUCCUAAAAGAAAAGAAGAUCAUGAAAAGUUAUUACAAAAUGCGCUUCCUAUUAUAGGUGUUUGGGAAUUUGAACGCGAUGAUGAUGAAUAUAUUAAAUUCCUUGAUCUCUUCUUGAGUUAUGUUCUUGAAAGGGACCUACUUGGUUCUAAGGGUCCUGGCAUUCCAUUUCUAACCAGUUUUUCUGGACAUCUUAGAGAACAUGAACUUAAUUCAUUACUUUUUGAUGUACAUACAACAUUAAAACGACGUCAGGGUAAAACCAAAAGCCAGAACAUAUUUAGAGCUGGCUCCUGCUUUGUUCUUGCUCCGGAGUUUAAUGAGUCUGAAAAAUCAGAAAGCCAGGCACUUUCUGCUUCAGUACUGGUUAAUCAAAGGAUCAGACCUUUUUUAGAGAAUCCUUUGAAUGAAGUUAAUAAAAAUGAAGGAAAGAUUGGAUUGUUUGUUUUAAAAAAAGUUGGAUUGUUUGGUUUAAAAGAAAAGUCCGUUUACAGAAUACAAGAUGACAGUGCAGAGAAGCCUUUAAUCCAGAGAUUGUCGAACCAUAGUUUUCGGACUCCUAAGUCUGUUAAAACUAGAAGAUAUAUUUUCAAAGCAAUUCAGUGCAAUGAUGUUAAUCCUCAAGAAGAUCUUCCUCUAGAACUAGAUGGUACAUUUGGCAGUAUAAGGAGGCUGCUGGAAUGGAUGAUAAGAUGGUCUGAUAGAAGAUUGCUCUGUGAUUCUAGUCUCACUGAGUCAUCCUGUGAGUACAGUCCUGUCAUUCGUGUAAAAACCUCUACAGCUGCCAUACUUACAUCAUUGUGGCUUUUGGAACAACCCUAUUUUGCUACAUAUAAUGCAAAAACUGCCAUUAUUAAGGUGCAGGAGAAUCAUUACACUGAGUCUCAGAGUGGACCCAGUGUUGAGAGUGAUUGCAAAACAGAUGUUGGCUGUUCUGUUGCAGUUUCCACUCAAGGCGGGCCUGAGGAAAGAAAUGAUCAAAAUGAAUAUUGUCAAAGUAUCUUGAUUAGAAUGCCAACUGAAGCCGAAAAUCCUGAAAUAAAAGAAACCAAUGAUGAAAUUAUUUCUGUCACUGGUGAUACUGAAAAAGAACGUAUAGGUAUUGAUGAGGAUCUUUUAGAAGUAGAAACAUUUACACAGGAGGAAGUGAAUACAUACCUUUCAGUCUAUGAAGAAGAUGCCAAAGAACCUGUUGAAAGUCUCAAAAGUCUCAGUAUUGCCAUUGACAUGCAGACUUUACCACAGCCUUCAGAAGAACAUUCCACAGAAGGAGUUCAGUGUCCAAGGGAAUCAUUGGAGACAUACAUGGAGCAAAAAUCAACUGGACAGAAAGGUAUGAUUGAAGACUUUUCAAAUCCUGAACAUGCCCUUCCCCAUUCAUUUUGUGUGGAUACAAGUUCAGAAGUUUCUAGUGCACAGAUCUCUGCAUUUAAAGAUAAAUCUUCCUCAGUUCCACCUUUGGUGUCAAAUGGAGUCGAUGUUGCUUCACAGACACCUCCGCCAGCACCCCAGCAGACCCAGAGAACUGAACCCAGGGUUCGAUUACCGGAUUCUUCUGAUUCUGUUAGGCAGAUGCUCGAAGAUGAAAUGUUUAAAUUAGUUCAGCUGCAACAGAUCAACUUCAUGAGCCUAAUGCAAAUAGUAGGAUCAUCCUUUGCUAAUCUCCCAGAUAUACAUCAGCUUCUACAGCAGUCUCAGACUAUGCAUUUGGCGGGAAGCCAGGUAUCAAACCCUGCAAGAGGGAGUAGUGAUGUUGAAGACGCCAGAAGAAAUGUGAAGGAAAGAUUUUCCAUUAGACCUCAGUCCUUGGGAGGAGAGCACAUGAGAGAGCCUGGCACGAACGGCCCACACUGCCCCAAAGGAAUCGUGCAGUCUGAUCAAAAUAGUAAUGGAAAGUCACAGAAUGUUCCACAUGGGAGUGUUCCUUGUCAAUUAGCAGGCCAGCCUCAAAAUGGAGGAUUACCUCCAGCAUCUCAAAGCUUACCAACCACUUCGUUAUCUUCAGCUCCUGCUGGAAAUACUCACCUCUACCUCUUGUCUUUAUCUUCUGCCAUUCCGAAGACACCUAGACUUAUCCCAGCUGCAAAAGCUUUCAGACCUGGUGAUGGUUUUCCUUUGCUUCAGUUUCAGCCUAAGCAUGAAUUUAAGCCUCUUUCCUUCCAUACAGAAAGAGUUCCACAGGUUCCCUUCAGGCCUCCACCACAGCCAAGGGAGGCAUGGGGAUCAUCUGAUUCCUUGCAUUCUCCUCUGCCACAGAGAGGAAUGCACACUACUUCAGCGUCCCAUUUGAAUUUGAGCCAGUAUGAUACUGAAGCCAUAAAAAAGGCAGUCGAGCAGAAGAAAUGGGAAAAAACUGUAAAUACGGAAAUUCCUAAGCAUAUAAACUCGGAUCAGUAUAUGGGACAAGAAGACUUGACACCUCAACAGGAUUCUUCAAUAUUUGUGAAACCUGAAAAACUGUUUAAUGUUAAGCCAGGACCCCUUGAGAUAUCUCCUCAGAAUUCCUUUGGACUUCCGUUAUUGCACCUGCAACUUCAACCUCCAAAUGUAUUUUCUUCUGUCUCAAGAGCAUCAGUUACGGUUCCCUCAAUACCUAUCAGUACUGUAGCAGAAGAAAGAAAAUACCCAAAGCUAUUAUUACUUCAUUCAUAUCUGUCUCAGGAAAAUAUGUACAAAACCCCACAGCUUAUUCCACUUGAAAACCUGCUUGCAUUUAAACAAAGCCAACAGAAACUAACACAUUUAUUUGAGCAAGGUGAUUCAGAGCACCAUCAGCUUCUAAAGGUCAAAAUAGAACCAUCUAAAGUGAGACAAGGAAAGGACAGUAAAAAAAGGCAAAGACGACGAGCUGAGAAAGAGCUACAAGAGGAAAGAUCAGAGAAACUAAAGCGAAAACCAAGUGUGACUUUCCAGCCAGAGGAUUCCAUCAUUAAUGAUGAUGAUUCAGAGAUACUUGUGAAACCCAAGGAACAACAUGAACAUCAUGGUUCCCAGCCUUUGGAUGAUUUUGAAAUUCCUUUUGAAAUGCUAAAAGAUGAUGUUACUACUUCAGCUGGAUUGCAUUUCAUGGCCUCUGUAAGAAAGAAAGCUAUAGGAUGUCAGGAUGCAAGUACAAAUACAGAUCCAGAUAAAGAAGCUGCUUCUCAAGAAGUUGUUUUUGAAUGUCAUAAAAAUCAACAAAUCAUUUCCUCCGCAUCAGAAUGUGAACCUUUGAAUGUUCCUCAGCAAUUGGCUCCAGAUGUAUGUCUAAAUCUCAAACUCUCCACUGAAAUAUCAGAGAGACCUUUGUCCCCUUCAGCAUCUGAUAAGGUCGGACACACUUACAUAAAUGUGAUUGACAUUGAAGCUGAUGAUCUAGAGGAAUUACCUUUCAGAGAAGAGCCUUCAGAUGAUAUUAUCAGACAGCAUCUAGAAGUCCCAUCUUCUGCAGAGUUACAUUACAUGGCAACUUCAGUUACUAGUGCUGUUCCCCUGCGCAAUUUUAAGAGUCAGGAAUCUGACAGUUCUGCUGUGGACUUAUUUAUUAAACCUGCAAAAGUUUCUCCAUCCUCUCUGGAUAGAAGAAGCUGGAGAGCAGGCAUUACAAAAGCAAAGGAGCCUGGUAUCGCCUCACCCACAUCAUCAGAAAUACAGCAGGACAAAGAUAUGCCAAAGCCAGAAUUUCGAUUCAAAGAACAGAGCUCAGAGUCAGAUGCUGCAGAAGAUUAUCAGCUGCCAGCUGACCUUCUGCAGGAACCACUGCAGGAUGUCUUCGCCGCUCGUCCUGCUGCGCCGAGCUCUGCAGCUUGCCACCUAGAGCAUCUCACCUCUAAGCUUCUGGAAAUUGAUGAACAGCUGCUAGCAAUACAGAACAUUGCUGAAAACAUAGAGCAGGAUUUCCCCAGACGUGGAAUGCUAGAGCGACAUUAUGAUAAGUUUGAACCUGUGGAUCACAUUGAAUUGUCUCCUGGCCCUGAAUCUGAAAAAACAUUGGCUUCAAAAACCAUUAGCAUUCCCAAAGAAGACUCUGGAUCAGUCCAUUUCCUGACUCAAAUGAAUAAGGAAGAUCAAAGUGACAAAGAACAGACUGUAGAAGCUGAAUUUUCAGUGACAGAAACUCUUUCUAGUCAGAAAACCUGUGUGUUUCCUUCGGCCGAUUCAGCUGUCAGCCUUUCCAGUGACCAGAAUACAACUUUUCCUGGUGUGAAUAACAGUGAUGAGUUAUUUGAGAGUGUUUCAGUAGAUCCACUCCAGAUGACUGGAUUGACUGAUAUUGCAGACAUUAUUGAUGAUCUUAUAACAAAAGAUGGAGUUUCCAGUGAAGAGCUGGGCUUAACAGAACAACAAGCUAGGAGAAUCUCCAGAAUUCAGCAUUCUUCUGGUAGAUGUCCUCAAAGAACUGAGAAAGAGAGAAGAGAAAUUCAAGUCUGGAUGAAAAGAAAACGAAAAGAAAGAAUGGCAGAGUACUUAAAUCAGCUGGCAGAAAAGAGAGAUCAAGAACAUGACCCUUUCUGCCCCAGGAACAAUCCAUUUUACAUGACUUCCAGGGAAAUUAGGCUGAGACAAAAGAUGAAGCAAGAAAAAGACAGGUUGCUACUCUCUGACCACUAUAGUCGACGAAUCUCACAGGCAUACAGUCUGAUGAAUGAACUGUUGUCUGAGUCAGUACAGCUACCAGCAACCGCACAGAAAGCAUUGCCGAAAAAAUGUAGAACUGCUCAGAUUUCCAGACGGCAACGCUCCCUUUCUCCACGAGGAGAGAAUCGGCAUGGUCACGAUUUUCCAAUAAAUCGACCUGGAAAAGUCAGAUAUUUAUCCAAACCAAGUUAUAUCCCAAAAGGAAAACCUUUUGGGCAACCUCAAGGCUCGCCCUGGCCACGCGGAACUGCCACUUUCACCGUGCAGAAAAAAGCUGGUGGAGCCAGAGUGGCAGUAAGAAAGGCUGUGCAGUGUCCAGUUGCCUUCCCAAAAGGCUCUCCUGCUUCAUGCCGUGGUCCGCAGCAUACGAAAAAGCACGGAAGUGUUGGGCUGGCACCUCAGACCAGGGAAGUGUGUAUAGAGUACGAGAGGGAGGAGACUGUGGUGAGUCCCUGGAUGUUACCUGCAGACAUUCAUAAGAUUCUUCAUGAGACUCACAACUCCUUUCUACAAGACUUGUCACAAACCGAAGAAGAAUCGGAGCCUCCUUUUGGGGUGGGUGGCACAGACAGCGUGUCGGAGAGCACUGGCAGCAUCCUCAGCAAGCUUGACUGGAAUGCCAUCGAAGACAUGGUCACCGGCGUGGAGGACGAGAGUCUGUCUGCCCAGUGGGCGCUGGGCCUGUAAGGCCUAAGUGUAAUUCUGUUUUCCAAGCAAAGGCCGGCACCUCGGUCACGUAGUUCUGAAAGGUGUGUGCGCUUAAGGAAGUAAAACAAUGAAGUGAUGUGAAUUCACCACCUGCAAACAUAUUACCUGGAUUAGCCAUUUCAAAAGGGAAAAUAAACAGUUCUCAAUAAUUUUGGAUUGAUUGGAAAGGGUUGUUGAAUGAUAGAUGUAUUAUAUGUUUUUGCAUUUGACUUAUCUUUAGGAAUAAUUUUUUAAUUGAUGAAAGAAUAAAAUUUAAGCUCUUUAAGUAGAAAUCUUC